GUAAAAAAUUGUUUGACAGGGUGCAAGUGAGAUAGGGGGGCGUAGGUGGACGCGAUAAGGCUGUACAUGACCCAAAAUUGGACUUACUUUUGUCAUACUCGUUUCGUUUUUAAUGCGGCCGGUGUUCAGCGAGGAAACGCGCAUGCGAAGAAUCAUUUAGAAGAAGCACAGGAGCACAGCAACAGGGCAUAGUACAAGAUGCCGCUGGAACGGGCAGCCCCACACAAGGGGAAGCAAGACUAGCACCACACACCGCAACGCGGAAAACAUUCAGACAGGAGAAUGCGAAUGGUUAGAGGAGAUAGAUUGACAAGAAAAUGGAAACAAUGUAGCACCGCUGUGACAUUCCACGUAGCUAGGACGAAUUGGAUAGAAAAUAGAUAGCAAGCUAAUUCGCCGUCAUUCAUGUAAAGUUACUCAUCAUCGGUCAAAGCUCGUGUGUAUAGUUGGCUGAAACAAAAGGAACUGCAAUUCCCCGCUGUCUUCCCAAACCAAAGAAGACGAGAAACUGCAAUAUGCUACGAAGAAGACUGAACCAAUUGUGUGGAGGGGAUGAGAAGCGGGUGGACAGCAGGACCAUCUACGUGGGCCACCGGCCGUGUCCGCCCACAGAGGCCUUCAUCCCCCCCAAAUUCUGUGACAACAGGAUUGUGUCUUCCAAGUACACCGUGUGGAACUUUCUGCCAAAGAACUUGUUCGAGCAGUUCAGGAGAAUUGCCAACUUCUACUUCCUCAUCAUCUUCCUGGUGCAGGUGAUUGUGGACACCCCCACCAGCCCCGUCACCAGUGGCUUACCUUUGUUCUUCGUCAUCACCGUGACGGCCAUCAAACAGGGCUAUGAGGACUGGCUGAGACACAAGGCAGAUAAGGAGGUGAACAAGUACCCAGUCACUGUGCUGGAGAAUGGCCAUCGAAUACGCAACGAGAGUGAAAAAAUCAAGGUGGGUGAUGUGGUGGAGGUGGUGGAGGACGAGACCUUUCCCUGUGACCUGAUUCUGCUGCAGUCCAGUCGGGACGAUGACACCUGCUUCGUCACCACAGCCAGCCUGGACGGAGAGUCCAACCACAAGACACACUACACAGUGCCAGACGCGGAGAAGGACCUGGAGUCUCUCAGCGCCACCAUCGAGUGCGAACAGCCGCAGCCCGACCUCUACAAAUUUGUUGGUCGGAUGCACAUCUACAAACCAGAUCAGGAGGCAAUGGUCAGACCGCUGGGCCCAGAGAACCUACUUCUAAAAGGAGCAACGUUAAAGAACACAAAGAAGAUUUAUGGGGUAGCGGUGUAUACUGGCAUGGAGACCAAGAUGGCACUCAACUACCAGGGCAAGUCCCAGAAGCGAUCCGCUGUGGAGAAGUCCAUCAAUGGCUUCCUGCUGGUCUACCUGUGCAUCCUGGUGAGCAAGGCGCUGGUCUGCACCACGCUCAAGUACUGGUGGCAGAGCAAGGAGGGACAGGACGAGCCCUGGUACAACCAGAAGACCCAGAAGGAGAGGGACACGUACAGGUUCCUGAAGAUGUUUACAGACUUCCUGUCGUUCAUGGUGCUGUUCAACUUCAUCAUCCCCGUCUCCAUGUACGUCACCGUGGAGAUGCAGAAGUUCCUGGGCUCCUUCUUCAUCACCUGGGACAAGGACUUCUUCGACCCCGAGAUAGAGGAGGGGGCGCUGGUCAACACCUCGGACCUCAACGAGGAGCUCGGACAGGUGGAGUACGUGUUCACAGACAAGACGGGCACACUGACCCAGAACAACAUGGAGUUCAUCGAGUGCUGCAUCGACGGCUUCCAGUACAAGAACCGGACUGACGUGGGCGGCUCGGAGCUGGACGGCUUCUGCGUGACGGACGGACCGGUCAACAAGCUGCAGCAGAAAGCUGGACGAGAGAAGGAGGAGUUGUUCCUGCGGGCGCUGUGCCUGUGCCACACGGUGCAGGUGAAGGAGCCCAGCAGUGAGGAGGUGACGGAGCUGGACCAGGUGGACCAGGUGGACGGCCUGGACCGACCCCUGACCUCCCAGCCCCAGGAGGAGAGGGGCUUCAUCGCAUCAUCCCCCGACGAGGUGGCACUGGUCAUGGGAGCGAAGCAGUUUGGUUUUACCUUUCUGGGACUGGAGAGCAGAACAAUGAAGAUCAAGAACAGACAAAAUGAUAUUGAAUCGUAUGACCUGUUGCAUGUGCUAAACUUCGACCCUGUGAGGAGACGAAUGAGUGUGAUCGUGCGGACCAGAUCAGGGGAGACGUUACUAUUCUGCAAGGGAGCGGACUCUUCAAUCUUCCCCCGGGUCAAGCAGGAGGAGGUGGAACGCAUCCGCACACACGUGGAGCGCAACGCCACGGAGGGUUACCGGACGCUGUGCGUGGCAUAUAAGAAGCUGAGUGCGGAGGAGUUUGCGGUGGCCGAGUCGCGUCUGCAGGAGGCUCGUCUGGCGCUGCAGGAGCGCGAGGCCAAACUCACCGCCGUCUACAACCAGGUGGAGACCGGCAUGAGCCUCAUCGGAGCCACCGCUGUGGAGGACAGGUUACAGGAGGAGGCGGCGGAGACCAUGGAGGCUCUGCAGGGGGCGGGCAUGAAGGUCUGGGUGCUGACGGGCGACAAGAUGGAGACGGCCAAGUCCACCUGCUACGCCUGCCGCCUGUUCCAGCGCGGCACGGAGCUGCUGGAGCUGACGGUGCGCACCCUGGAGGACGGAGCACGCCGGCGCGAGGAGAGGCUGCACGAGCUGCUGCUGGACUACCACAAGAGAGCUGUGCAGGACGCACCACCCGCUAAACCGGGAGUCACCAGGAGCUGGGCCACGGCCAACCAGGAGUACGGCUUCAUCAUCGACGGGGCCACGCUGUCCCUGGUGCUGAACCCGUCUCCCGAUGCCAACUCCAGCCGCUACAAGAGCCUCUUCCUGCAGAUCUGCCAAAACUGCUGCGCUGUACUCUGCUGCCGCAUGGCACCACUGCAGAAGGCACAGAUUGUAAGAAUGGUGAAGAACUCCAAAGGCUCGCCCAUCACCCUGUCCAUAGGUGAUGGCGCCAACGAUGUCAGCAUGAUCUUAGAGGCUCACGUCGGCAUCGGUAUCAAGGGGAAGGAGGGUCGGCAGGCAGUGCGUAACAGUGACUAUGCCAUCCCCAAACUAAAGCACUUAAAGAAGCUGUUACUGGCACAUGGACACCUGUACUAUGUACGCAUAGCCCACCUGGUCCAGUACUUCUUCUACAAGAACCUUUGUUUCAUCUUACCUCAGUUCCUGUACCAGUUCUUCUGUGGCUACUCCCAGCAGCCCCUGUACGACGCAGCCUAUCUGACGAUGUACAACAUCUGCUUCACCUCCAUGCCCAUCCUGGCCUUCAGCCUCAUCGAGCAGCACAUCUGCAUCGAGGUUCUCAUGGACAACGCCACCCUCUACAGGGAGGUAGCCAAAAAUGCCAUGCUACGCUGGGGCCCCUUCCUCUACUGGACCGUCCUGGGCGUCUUCCAGGGCCUGCUGUUCUUCUUCGGGGUGCGAUUCCUCUUCAGUAAUGCGGCCUUGCAGGAUAACGGACAGGUGUUCGGGAACUGGUCCUACGGGACCAUCGUGUUUACCGUCCUCGUGUUCACAGUCACGCUCAAGUUGGCUCUGGACACGCGGCACUGGACGUGGGUUAACCACUUCGUCAUCUGGGGCUCUCUGGCCUUCUACGUCUUCUUCAGCUUCUUCUGGGGAGGCAUCAUAUGGCCGUUCCUGCGUCAGCAGCGGUUGUACUUUGUGUUUGCCAACAUGUUGAGUUCUGUGUCUGCGUGGCUGGUCAUCAUCCUGCUCAUCCUGCUCAGCCUGCUGCCCGACAUCCUGCUGCUCAUCUUCCGCAAGCCCAAGAGCCACGCAAGACAGAGAAAGCCGAGGCCGCCCCAGGCUGCCGCAAGUGGGCCGCAGUCCACCCAGGCCUCAGCCAGGCCCCUUCUCAUGAGAACCUUUUCAGAAGAGUCCAAUACGGUCAUAUAACCAGAACAUCGCAGCAGUCACACCGUUAUCCUACAAGCACCUGAAGGCGCUGGAUUAAACAGAGGGGGGCCAUGAGACACAUGAAGGCCCCGGCAGCUGCCCUCUCUCCUGCCUGCUCAGAAUAGACCAGGCAAAACAAAAGAACACCAGGAAACGAAAACCAGGAGGAAGGAAGGAACGCAGAAAGAAAAAACAACAUUAAAGACAAGACAACACAGCAGGCUUUUCGCAGCCUACACUGUUUGAAGCUGUCUGCUCUCUUCCUCCUCCUUCACUCUCCCCUCUUUCUUUCUCUCUUUCUUUCUUUGUUCUCUCAUUCGUUACUCAGCACGUCUCUGUCCAGAGCACACUGUGUGCGUGCAGGGUCUCUCUCCACACGUGGCUCCGUUUGUCAAUAGGUUUUCUACAUGAUUCUAUUUUUUACUGAACAUUUCACCAAGAGGAGUACAACACUUUUUUGUUUGAUUUCUCUUUUCUCUCUCUCUCUCACACACACUCUUCUCCAACACACACCCCUUACCCCUUACCGUCUACCCCACCUGCCCCUUUUCUGAAUGGAGAUAAAGGAGGUGAGAUAUCAGGGUAGCUCAAUACAAGUGAGCUGCACUGUGCUGGGCCACACGGACGUCAGUGCAGCCCAGCUGUUGUCCCUGCUUGCCCCCGGCCAUGGCUUCCAACUCUUCUCCAUCCAAACCGUCCCUAGCCACCUAGCGUCACACUCAUGGAGAAUGACGGAGGGCCAAACGCCCUACAAUGCAACAUAUUUCUCCCCCUCCCCACCUCCUCCACCUGCCCUCACAAAGAGGUGUAUACCGCAUUCCAUCCUGUCUGCCUAGAGAACAGGCUCCAACUGAGCUGAUUCCAGGCUUAAGAGUGCGUGUGAGUGUGCGCGCGCGUGCGUGCGUGCGUGCGUGCGUGUGUGCGUGGAAUGCUCUUCCAUCGGUCCCUUGGUCCAAUAGCUCCGACUUGUCCCGUGGGCUAUGGCUUUGUAUGCAUUUCUCAGCCUGUGUGCGUGCGUGCAUAUGUGUUUGAAUGUUUUUGAGGAGGUCCUUUCCCUUCCCUUCCCUUCCCUACCCCAGCCCACCCUUCUCCACUCUACUCUACCCUGCCCUUUGCUCCCAUCAACCCCCCUUUUCCCCUUUCCGGGCCAGAGAGGGCUGGCUUUUUACACAUCAAAAAAACAGCCCUCUGUGAAGAUGCUGCACAGAAGGCACCUCGACUGGGACACCCCCCCAGUUGGGUUUCAAAAAA